CGGUAAAAUCCGCAAUCGUCCAUGCAUGCAUUAUAGUUGAAUCGGAUAGGAUGGCCACCAAACGUAUCUUCGGGUCUUUGUUGAGGCGAAGAUCCGAGCAAUUUUAUCACGGCAGGCACCCUGGAUUCCUUGCACCGCUCCAAAAUCACGGCAGCGCCAAUCCAAGGAAGCGAACGAUUCGCCAUACCUUGUUUGCGGGUGCGCCACGGCAACAGCCGCUACAGCGUGCUGCGUACUCCCACUCCUCUGUUGGCCACCGCGCCGCACCCGGCGAGAGCGAUGGGGAGGGCCUCCCGAGCAUUCCCGAACGACUCGUCUCGAUCCACGACGACAACUGCGAAGAAAUACUCGACCGCAUCCCGCUGGAAGACGUGAGGAAUUUUUGCUUUAUAGCCCACGUGGACCACGGGAAGUCGUCGCUCACCUCGCGGCUCCUGGAGAUCACCGGAAACAUGGGGCGGGAAUCCCAGCGGGUCGCCCUCGAGAGCGCCAGGGCCAACGCCGGCGCCGAUGGGAUUGGAAGCGAAAACGGCAACGGCGAAACCGGAAUUGACGGUGCCCGCGAUCCUUCCAAGGACGACGCGAGAGCCCCUCCCCCGGAGCGCGGGGACGAAAAGGAACAGAUCCAGAUCCUCGACACGCUGGCGGUGGAACGCGAGAGGGGCAUCACGGUCAAGGCCAGCGCGGCCUCCAUGCUCUACCCCCACCCGUCCGCCGUCGGACCCGAUGGCGUGCUGCUCCUCAACUGCGUCGACACCCCCGGGCACUCCGACUUUUCCUCGGAGGUGGCCCGGUCGCUGGCCUUUGUCCAGGGUGCGGUCCUCCUGCUCGACGCCACGCAGGGAAUCCAGGCACAGUCCUGGACGGUCCACGAAACGGCCAAAUCCAUGGCCGAUCCGCCCGAGCUCAUCCUGGCCAUGACCAAGAUCGACCUGGACGCGGCGCGGCCCAUCGACGUCGCCCUGACGGUCUCGGAGUGGCUCUCGGUCGACGAUCCCGAGAGCAUUGUUCCAACGAGCGCGCGGAGCCGCAUCGGCAUCGUGCCGCUCCUGGACGCCAUCUGCCGGAGGGUCCCCCCGCCCGGGCCCCUGCCCGACGACACGGACGGGGACACCGGGGACCACCCGCACCUGAGGGCGCAGGUCGUCGACUCCUGGUACGACGCGCGCGGUGUCAACUGCCUCGUGCGGGUGAUCUCCGGCUCGAUCCGGGAGGGGGACCGGAUCGCCAUCGCCGGCGGCACCGGGGCGGAGGCGCCGCAGUCGCCCUCUUCCACGCAGUCGUUUUCGGUCCAGGAGGUCGGGAUCGUCUUGCCCGCGAAUCGACGGACGGGAAAGCUGCGCAGGGGACAGAUGGGGUACGUGCGCUUUGGCCUCCGGGACCCGAGGCAGGCCGAUCCCGGCACGGUCCUCGUCUUUCAGAAGGACGUCGGCAAGGACAUUUGCAUCCCGGCCCUCAACCAGAGCGCCGGCGACGGGAACAACGCCUCGGCCUCGAACUCGAACUCGGUGCUGUACGCGUCCGUCCACCCCCAAGAAGAAGACGGCUUCCAGGAGCUGUGCGACGCGGUCGAUCGGCUCGCCCUCAACGACAAGGGCCUGGACGUCAAGCGGACGGCAGACGCCGGAUCCAGCGGCUCGGAGAGUGGUGGCCCCUUCCUGGGGCCCGGUUUGCGCGUCGGAUUCCAGGGCCUGCUUCACGUCGAGGUCUUUCGACAGCGCCUGUCGGACGAAUUCGGCAUCGAGGCGGUGGUCACGCCUCCCAAGGUGCCGUACCACGUCACCCUGCUGCCGAGCAAAUCGAACAACCUGGUUGAGCCAAUCACAACGGUGGUCGAGGAUCUCGAGGACUGGCCUUCCUACGGAACAAAGUUCAGGGUGGAAGAACCAAUGGUCCAGGUGCGCAUCAUGGCACCCGUGGAAUACACGGGAGCCGUCAUGGAGCUGAUCACAAACAAGAGAGGAACGGAUCUCACGACCAAAACCAUCGACAAGAACAGCUGGAUGUUCGAGGCCCAGAUGCCUUGGGCGGAGGUGGUCGUCAACUUCCACGACAUGCUGAAGACGGCCACCGCCGGAUACGGCAGCCUGGACACCUCCGAGGCGGACCCACCCCUGCGGGAAGCCCGUCUCUCGAAGGUCGAUGUCUUUCUCAACGGCGAGCCAGUCGGCCCUCUGUCCUUUGUGUCCCACACGCCAAACGCGCAAGCAGACGCUCGGGUCGUCUGCAAGAAGUUGCAGGAGGUUCUUCCCCGCCAGCAAUUUGUUACCGUCAUACAGGCCAAGGCCGACGGCAAGAUCGUCGCGAGCGAACGGAUCCGGGCCUACCGAAAAGACGUCCUCAACAAGUCCGGGAAAAUGGUGGGUGGAGGGGACAUAUCGAGGAAGAAAAAGCUCCUAGAGAAGCAGAAACAAGGAAAGAAGCGUUCCCAGCAAAGCGGCAAGGUGACCCUGAGCCAGGCCGCUUUCAAUAGCGUAAUAUCAAGGUGAAGAUCACGUGCAGAGGACCAGAGGUGAACGAAGCGUUCCCACAAUCUCAACAACAAACCUCAACAGGGGUUGCCACAACCGAAUAAAUUGCAAAGAGACUCGUUCUAUUCAAUCAAUAGCUAAUAGAAGU